AUGCCUGUCCGGGGGUUCCGCCUCCACUUCAGCAGUCUCGGAGCACUGUGGUCCACUAAUUGCAUCACCAGACAGCUGUGUUACUUCCAGUGCCGCAGGUUUGCAUCCUUCGAGGUGCUGUUCACUCACAACGGUGACUGGAAGUCUUGCACCAGAAGGAUUGAGGAUCAGAGGUCUGGUAGGACCCGACAGCCAACUACUUGGAUCUACCCUCGAAGGGAAUUCAAUUUGUUCGAACUCGUUGACCAACUUGUACUCACUGUGAAUAUCCCAAUAUUGAUGCCAACAUGUUUCCUCACUGAACCCUUUUCACUUGCUGACAGCAACCAGCAUCUCAAACCCCAAAUUCUUUGCAACUCUUCCCUUGAGGCGCUGGCCAUCUGGUCUGUAAUCCUGUUGCCCCUGCUGACAUCUUCAGCUCACAGCCCAUCCACUAAUGACAUCCUGCCGUUCCCUGACGGAAGGCAAAAUCCGCCAAUAAUACUGCGAUCUUCAGGCACUCAGAGGAAAUCGGUAUUGCAACGUAGCUUGACCUGGCCCCAACAGAAAUCAUCAAUGGACCCCCAAUAG